AUGCAGCAACAACAGAACCAAUUCAUGCAUCAGAUGAUGCAACGGUUGAAUGGUGGUCUUCAUCCUCAAGGGGUUCCACAAGAAGUUACAGGUGGUAGUUUCCGAGUUUUCUUUCACAUGAAUCCUCCUGAGGUCCAUGGUGGAUUAAAUCCUGUGGAGGCUCGUGAGUGGGUAAGCAACAUAGAGAGGAUUUUUCAAAUAUUGCAUUGUAGUAAAGAGAAUAAAGUUGUGUUUGCUUCUCACAUGAUGAGGGGUCCUGCUGUGAGGUGGUGGAAAAGUGCUUCGACUCUUAUGACCAAUCAAGGAGUACCUAGGGAUUGGGAGCAUUUUAAGACUAAUUUUCUAGAUAAGUAUUUUCCUAGCUCUUUGAGGACUCAGAAAGAAUUUGAGUUUCAGCAGCUUAGACAUGGUACUAUGUUAGUGGCUAUGUAUGUUGAAAAGUUUGAAGAUAUGGCAGCUUAUUCUAGACAGUCCGUGUACGCACCAGAUGAGAAGUGGAAGAUAAAUCAAUUCCUUUUUGGUUUAAGAGGUGAAAUUUCUCAUAGUGUUUCUCAAAGAGAAUUCACUACUUACGUUGAAUUGCUAAGGCAAUGCUAUGUGGCUGAGAACAAUUUGAAUAAAGUUCAAGAAGAAAGGGAUCAAUAUAGGAUUGGACAGAAGGACCAGGGAAGGCCAGGUAACCAGUUUAGGCCUAGACCUCAAUCUUUCAAAGGAAAACAAGUGCAAAAUGUAAGACCUAACCAUCCUCCGCAAUGUCAAGUAUGUAAGAAGUCUCAUUUUGGAAGAUGUGUUGGAAGUGUUAUUAGGUGUUUUACUUGUCAGAGGGAGGGACAAAUGGCUAGGGAUUGUCCUCAGAAUAAGAAUCAGGUGCAAGGAAGGAACACUGGUCGAGUUUAUACUUUGGAUGCAAGGAAGGCUAAGAGCAACAAUGCUUUGAUUGCUGCAAUUCCUUUGUCUCCUCCUAUGGUGGUUACUACCGUCGUGGAUGAUGUGGUUGAGACACCGUUAAUUUGUGAAAAUUGUUCGCUUUCGGUGAAUGAUAGAAUUUUCCAGAUUGAUCUUAUUUGUUUACCACUUAAUAAGGUUGAUGUGGUCUUGGGGAUGGAUUGGCUUUCCGCCAAUUAUGCGUUUAUUGGAUGUGAAGAGAAGUUAAUCAUCAUUCCAUCUAGUGAAGCUCCAAAGGAUGUAUUAACUAUUAUCUUGGAAGAAGUUUUCCCUGAGGAUGUCACUUCUCUUCCUCCUGAAAGGGGCGUGGAAUUCUCUAUUGAUUUGAUACCUGGGACGAAUCCAAUCUCCAUUUCUCUGUAUCGUAUGGCACCACUCGAGUUGAGAGAGUUGAAGGAUCAAUUGGAAGAGUUGUUAACCAAGCAUUUCAGCCGACCUAGUGUCUCACCAUCGGGAGCUUCAGUGUUACUAGUGAAGAACAAGGAUGGUUGUAUGCAGUUGUAUAUUGAUUACCGCCAGUUGAAUAAAGUCACCAUUAAUAACAAGUACCCCCUGCCAAGGAUAGACGAUUUGCUAGAUCAGUUGAAAGGAGCCUGUGUGUUCUCGAAGAUUGAUUUACGAUCGGGCUAUCAUCAAAUCAGAGUUAAGAAUUCGGAUGUACCAAAUACCGUGUGGCGACAUUACUUGUAUGGAGUAUGUUUUGAGAUGUUUAGUGACCAUAAGAGCUUGAAAUACUUAUUUGACCAGAAAGAGUUGAACAUGAUACAGAGGAGAUGGAUGAAGUAUUUGAAAGACUUUGAUUUUGAGCUUAAGUAUCACCCAGGGAAAGCGGAUAAGGUUGCAGACGCCUUAAUUCGGAAAGAGAUGCAUAAAGCUGAGUUAAUGAUGUUAGAAUACGCAUUGUUGGAAAAGUUCUGA